AUGACCAACCUCCAUCCAAUUCCCACUGUCCUGUUAUGGGAGUGUCUGGCAUUGUAUCGAGCGGGCGCUGUCUUAGCCCUCCAACAUGAAACAUAUUUGCAGAUAUGCUCAAAAUGGAAGGGACUUCUCGCGCAGGGCAUCCACAGUGCACACGGUCCUAACGGGAUACCCGGAGAGGCCGACAUGAUUGCCGCUUGUUUUGUCGCUGUUGUCCAAGCAGAGGGGGCAUCACUCCGUCCCAACCUUAUCGACUUCUCCACACAUGUAGCUGGCCCUUACCCUGAGCAGAAAAUCGCUCGCCAAGGCCACAAAAUAAUACCCUCAUUAAAUUUACAUUUGACACCCAUUGAGAAAGCCCACCAGUUCAACGAAUCCAAUUCUGAAGAUGCUUACGUGUGUUUUCAUCGACGAGAUGUCAAGUCAGUCCGUAAGACCCAUCGGAUGGAUACAACACCUGCCGAAAAGGUCUCAUGGCUACGGCAGGAGCUUAUCAAGGCAAAAGAUCUCGCUAACUUAACCGUUUUGCGUGAGGUCAAGAAGUUGGAGCUCAAUAAGGAUGCGCAUAGCGUUCUCGAAGCGAGGAUCAGGUUUAUCGAAUUGAAGAGGAAGCAUCCACAGUUCUCAUUGAGGACAGAUGACCAACUACUCAUGGACCCUGAACGCGUGUUGGCCAAGCGGCUGAAGAUGAUGUUGGAGCAGAAUAAGGAUCCUACAGACUUAAAUUCGCCCUAUCUGGCCCUUGAAGAGCAAGUGCAUCCACAUGAGUGGUGCAUCUACAUGACUCCUGAUGAGUUUACCCAUCUCAGCUCACUUUUUUCACGCUCUUUCCUUCGCUGUAUCACCAUCAAAGCCCUCGGUAGAGCACACAGGACGUUCACCAUUCUCGAUCCGAAUACGUACAGGGCGAGGCAGGCCAUCAUUCAUCGAUCGUUGCCCGUUCCACGGAAGAAGAAGAGGAGAUCCUCAGAAUACCCCACCCCAGUUCCGCAAUUAUUUUCAUCAACUCUCUCAUCUGAGGGUGGACUUUGGUCCCACUCACCGAAAGAGUUGACCGUUCAUAUCAAGUCAGAUGAGGGCGAUGAAGGAUGA